AGGUAGGCGACAUUUUUUACAUUCUACGUGUUUGUCGAUAACUGAUAGUGAAGAGUCGAUUAAAAACGUUCUCCUGGGUUGCUCGAUAACGAGAUAGCUAUUUAUCGGCGGGCGGCUGUCGCGGGGAGACUACUGUCUCACAGAUCUUUGCGGAGUAUCGAGUACAGAUACCUUUCGCGUACGCGUACAAUGAUCGGUUUCAAUGGCUGACAUCGUUAAAGCUUACCUUGUAUGGGUAAUGCUGAAAAUAAAAAAAACGACGGGAGUUAUUUAUCAAAAAUAAAGGACACCACGAGUGCGAUCGCGAAAAAUAAUCCUAUCGUUGAUCAUACUUGUCGAUCUUCUCCCUCCUCCCUCGAAGAAAAUUAUCGUACAAGUAAAGCUAUCGUCAUCAGAAGGAGUUCGUUUGAGAAGAGACAAUGGGUAACAUCAAGUCAAGAAGAUCGAGAAAAGAUAAGAACAAGAAAGUAAAGGGUGACUACGAUAGAAAUCAAUCUUCCAAUAUAGAUGACUAUGACGAGGAUGAGGAUAAUGAAAUGAAAUGGUUGAGAAGAACCAUAAGGAACGAUCCACAAUAUUUUGUACUGAAUAAUCUUAUGAUGUGCGUGCAAUUCUUUGAGAAUUACGAAAAGGAUAUCGCACGCAUUAGGAAGGGUUUGGUGUCGUCUCGCGAGCCGGACAUAAACGAACAACUGGCUCCUCAUAAGCAUGUCUUAUUACCAGACGUUCUUCAGGAAGAAGUGGCAAGGAACGUUGGCUUUACUUCGUCGAGACAAACAUUACGUCCAACCGUAGAACCUCUACAGCCCGUUCGAAUUUACGUUGUUCACGACAACAUCGAGGUUAUCGAGGAAGAUGAUCCAACUUAUAGCCCUAUGAACGAUACUUCCAUUUAUAGUAUGGUAUUGAAACGAACCGAACAUCGAGGAUAUGUAAAAUUACAACUGCAGGAGGAUACACCUCUAUUGAAAAAAGUGAUAGCGGAAGAAGAAUCAAAUGCGAUGAAAAACGACGAUGGUUUUUAUAGUGACGGAGAUAGCAUGUACGGUCCAAAAUAUGCACGAAAUACAGGCGUAGUUUUAGAUAGACAAUCCAAAAAUUCCCGGUCUUCGAAAUACAGUCAUAAUAAUUCCUUGCCUAAUCUUUACGACGAAGAUACUAUGUACGAAAAACGAGAAAGACUUUCUCAAGAGAACAUCUACGGAUCGGGCUGUUCUCACAAUCGAACCAAAGUCGAUUCGGAUAAUUACAAGGUAGAUUCUUUGAUCGAGGAAAGAUCCUAUCGAGUUCCCGAACCACCUCCGAGAAACGGUUAUUCGAAUCGUGGUGGUCAUCAUUCGAGAACCAGACCUUAUAAUAAAACGAAACUUUAUUCGAAUUUUAGUCGAGCCAGUAGCAUCAGUUCUGGUUACAAAUCCGGGAAUUAUGUAGUCGACAGCGACAGCGAUUGUAGCUGUAAUCAUACUUGUAACCUCUCACGGAGUUGCGAUGAUUUAUACAGUAGCGCCGAUGCAUCGAAGAAUAUGGAAGCCGUAUAUUUUCAAGAAGAUUCCGAUAUAAGUCAAAUACCACGGAAAUGUUUCAAAAAGAUCACGUACACCAGCGAGGGAAAGAUAUACGAUCCCCUCGAAGAAAGAAAAUAUCCGAUGAACAACAAGCAGAAAAGAAUACGACAGGUUCUUAGACGUUACAAUUACAACGUCUUUUAUGUCAGCAGUCUUUACUUUAUGAGACACUUUUUCGGAGUCUUUGUUCAUCAACUAAUCGACGUUUUUGGCUUCGAUCACGAAGCGGUGGAAGAUAUGAAACCGGAGGGUUGUAUUAUUUAUUAUGACAAGGUCAUAAUCUCUCACGCAGCGAAACUCACCAUGGUGGAACCUUACGAGAUCAUACCAAGUAUUUGGUCGCAAUGGCCCGAUGAUGCUAAAGAAUGGUUGAUUCGUCCUCGUAGCACUUGGCCCAACGACGACGAUCUUGGGAAAAUAAGAGACUUGGGAUGUUACAUAGUACCGGAAGGAUUUUCACCGAAGAAGGGUAUUAAUACUUAUCAAAAUAUUGAGUGGCUAUUGACGUUUCCUGCUGCUGAACGAUAUUUGGAGACUUGUAUGACAUCCGCUCAAAUACAUGUGUAUUUGAUGGCACUGAUGUUGCACAAAACUUUUAUAAGGCCCGUAUUCGAUUCUAUGUUCGGCCUUACGACAGCUCACAUCAGGAAUAGACUUUUCUGGAUGAUAGAAGAGAAUGACAGACCCAGCAAGUGGCCAAAUAAUCGGACUGGCGAGUGCCUCGUUAAAUUUUUGGAAUCCAUGUAUUUUUACAUCAGUCAGAACGAUCCGACUCUAUCGGAUUAUUUUAUCAGAGACAGGAAUCUCUUUCAAAAAAUACCCAGCGAACAUCUCUUACACACGCAGAAGCAGAUCAAACGAAUUCUUGAGAAUCCAAUAAUGUACGUUUUCCAUGCGAUGGAGAACGUGAAAUACACUCACCAAUUCUUUCCUAAGAUUAAUUUUGAGGUACUUUUAAACAUUCUUACUGCCAAUGCUUUGACGUUGAUUAACCCGGCCCUUGCCGGAUAUGUUCAUAAACCUAUGUCCAAGUCAAACGAGGACGAGUAUAAUACGUCAAAGAGCAGUAAACAUAUAUACACGGAUACCCGACCUGGUGGUUUUUGGGUUAACGCCAGAAACGUGAGCCGGAACGAGGAUGAACAAAAAAUCUAUGCAAAUAGACCGACGGUGACUAACAAAACCUUGAUAAAUCCGCGUAAAGCAACGGAUUCGGUUAUCGAAAUUUCGGUACGAUGUGGCGAUUUGGAUGGCAUAAGGCUCUGUGCAUUAUUGGACUUCUUUAUCAGUCACUUCAUUAAAAUGGGCGAACGUUUUCAUCAAUACCGUGCUAUCCAACAAAAGAUGAUGUAUUUAGAUCAGGCAGAUCGACUCUCUAUUCUUCUUAGCGAAUAUCCAAGGUACAAGGAGGAUGCUAAAGCGUAUCGCGAUAAAAUUAAGACUCUUAGAAAGCGGCAAGAUUACAAACCGGGCGAAAAUGUCCCACAACAAAAGCCGAUGAAAAAUAUCGAAGAACCAAUUUUUACUAUGCCGUUGAAAAAUCGUUUUAACAAAGAAUCUCUAGAAACAUUAUCACCCAUUGCGAACGAAACGAUGCAGUCGGACAACAAAGAUCAUACAUACGAUUCAGCGUCCGUGACGAAAGCAAUGAUUGAGGAGAGACCGCGGACUCCUCCUUCAGCCAGAAUAAAUAGAGCAGUGACACCGACUCCUCCAAUACCUGUACCAACGGAGCAAAUAUCCAGUCCGACAAGACGAGUACCUAAUUCAAUAGACAAAAUAUCCAAUCCGACUAAGCGAGUAGCUAGUCCAAUAGACAAAGUAUCCAGUCCGACUAGUCGAGUACCUAGUCCAGUAAACAAAAUAGCCAGUCCAACUAGGGAAGUAUCUUCUUCGACAAAGAAAGCUCGAAAUGAUCGGGAAAGUUUAAACUCGUCGAUGACAAUAAGGGAUAAAAAAGAAACAUCGACGCCUAGAGUCGUAUCGCUUGUAGAAAAUGAAAACGAUUCGUUCUUGUCCGAGACAACUUAUAUCUAAAUCAUAGUUUGAAUUCUCUUUAAAACAGUGUUCCUACAUAUAUGUAUACCUAGUGUUAAAUAGUUAAAGGACUAAAGAAAAGUAAACGAAAACGAAAACGUAUUUGAAA